UGCCGGAAGGAAGAAGCAGAGCAGCAAUGGCAACUGCGACCUUGUUUGGAGCGUGGUCUUCUGAGCGAUGUUGCUAGUUUGUAGUUCAGUUACGUCUCCGUAAAUGUUGACAUAACGACUACAGGAAGUGACAUUUUGGCGAUUUUAGUAUUUUCUCCACGGUAACAAAGAAUGUUUUCGUUAAUGAAAGCUGCUGUCGGCGGACUGGCCGGCGUGUGUAGAGCCUGCGGUCACUGGCAAGGUCCCUUGUUCAGCCAUUUGAAAGUCGUGGCUGCUGGACUGAAGACACAUGAAAUCCCUCCAGACUACAGUGAUGUGUUCCUGCCGGAGAAACCGAAACUGAAGGUCAUGAACAAGGUGCCAAACUUAACAAAGGCCAAGAAAGAAAUGAAGAAGCUGCGAGAUAUCCAAGGUCCAUCAAAGGCAGCAAAUACAUUCUCGAUAGGACAGUACGCUAUUGUGGCCAUGGGAGGUGGCUACCUACAUUGGGGCCACAUAGAGAUGAUCCGUCUAACAGUCAAUCGCAAGAUGGAUGCCCAAACUACAUUUGCCCGCUGGCGCAUCCGUGCCCCGUACAAACCCAUCACACGCAAAGGUCUUGGUCAGCGUAUGGGCGGAGGUAAGGGAGCCAUCGACCACUACGUGACGCCGGUCUGCUACGGUCGUCUGAUCGUGGAGGUGGGAGGAAAGGUGGAGCUCGGGGAGGUCAAGCAGUUCUUGACUGAAGUGGCAAAGAAGCUCCCGUUUCCUGCCAAGGUCGUGAGCAGAGAGAGCCUAGCAGCCAUGCACAAGAAGCAGGAGGAAAUCGAGCAGAACAACCAGAAUCCCUGGGCAUUUAAGGAGAUUGUGCGGGGAAACAUGCUGGGUAUCAGGAGGGUGGUCAGUCCCUUUGACUUGCACAACCACGGACGCUUCACAGGAAAAUUUCACCUGCCGGGGAGAGCGUGACCCACCUGACAAACCUAAAAUCAAUACACUUACUCUGUGACAUCGUCCUGGCCACUGUUGUGGAUGUUUGGAAGCCUCUGUCUUUCAUUCAUGUCAUAUUUGGAUUUUUACAUUUGUUUUUGUUCAUUUUUUACCCCCCUUUUCUUUUCAAAACAACCAAUAAACUAGCUUUUGAAAGUCACCCUCAUCUGGUGACCCAAGUAUUGCAA